GGGAGUAGUUAGACAGCCAUUGCAGUGUCGUGGCUCAGUAACAAAACACGAAAAAGGAUAGGAAGACCUGGCAUCUCAUAGGCCCUCUUGUUUUCUCACCGGGAGACCACUUUACAUGUGUACAGGAGCGAACACACAUUCAAUAAGUUAACCUGCGCCCAAAUAACCGCUCCGGAUAUGUCAGCCCUAAUUAGUUGGUUUACAAGUGGUUUCAAUAGUGUACUACAGUUUUUAGGACUGUUCAAGAAAUCAGGCAAGUUAGUAUUUCUUGGCCUGGACAAUGCUGGCAAAACAACGCUACUGCACAUGCUCAAAGAUGACAGAUUGGGACAGCAUGUGCCGACUUUACAUCCAACAUCCGAAGAGUUGACGAUUGCUGGCAUGACCUUCACCACCUUUGACCUUGGAGGCCACGCACAAGCCCGCAGAGUGUGGAAAAACUACCUCCCUGCCAUUAAUGGCAUCGUCUUCCUUGUGGAUUGUGCGGAUCACUUAAGAUUGGCCGAAUCAAAAGCAGAACUUGAUGCAUUAAUGACAGAUGAGACCAUUGGAAAUGUGCCUAUUCUGAUUCUGGGCAACAAAAUUGACAGAUCAGAAGCCAUCAGUGAGGAGAGGCUGAGGGAAAUCUUUGGAUUGUAUGGACAGACAACAGGCAAGGGCAACAUUCCUAUGAAGGAGCUGAACACGAGACCACUGGAGGUGUUCAUGUGCAGUGUGUUGAAGAGGCAGGGCUACGGCGAGGGCUUCCGCUGGCUCUCACAGUACAUUGACUAAAAAGAUGACCAAGCAGCCGUAAACAUACCGACAAUACCACCAUCACCACCACCAGGAGGGCGCUAAACUCAACCACUGAAGGCGCCCAUCGUUGCCAUCAGUACCAUCAUACUCGGCCCCACGUUUGGUUUAACAAAUCCGCCUCCACGUCCAGAGAGACCAGUACAACUUGAUCCCAAUAGACUUUUAUUGGUCGAACAUUUGGUUCCAGUCACGGCAUUCAUUCACCUGUUUGCUCUCACACACACAACACAACACAACACUCACGUCUCCGUCUCUCUUUCUUUUCUAAGAGAGUGGCGAAAAGCAACAGUUUCCCAGCAAAAAAAAAAAAGCAGCGUGUUCCCAGUCAAACAGAUUCUAAUCUUUGCUAUAAUGUGUCUGUCAUUCGCCGCCCUCACUCCCUCCCCUCCCUCCACUCCUGCCACCUGUCAAGUGUGAUGAUAGACGCAUUAAAACUGUAAAUCUGUACACGUAUAUAUAAAAGAAAAAUCCCCGGCCCUUCUUCUUCUCCCCUUUUCAUCUCAUCUUGAGCAAAUGACUGAGAGCAACAUAGUUGUAUUCACUGCAGUACACUUUUUCUUUUUGUUUUUUUAACAGUAAAGACAUUCAUUCAGCAUUGUAAUCAAUCACUGUACUUUGCUUUGUCCAUUUUACUCUUUUUUUUCUACAUUAUUUCAAUAAAUAAAAUGUGUGGCCAUGUAUACAGCCCUCAUUAUAGCGUGUGGCUGUUUCACCCAUUUAUUAAAAUGAUUAUUAGUGAUUAAUUUAGGGUACUAGCAAGUCAAAAUACCUUUGUUCCAGACUUCUAUCUUGUGGGCACAGUAGCGUUGGAUGGUAAACUUUUAAUAGAAAAUAAUACUGGCUGUAACUCCCGACAAGGUUUUAUGAAAUCAUGUAGACAGCACAGUGGUCAGUUAAUGCAAAGGAAACUAUUUAAGUAAAUGAAACUUUUUUUGAAUAAACAGCUUGGUAAUAACUUGCAGGACGAGAUAAAGGGAGGUCUUUGACAGACGGGGUGUAACAUCUAGUGGUAAUCCAAACUAAUAAUUCAUCCUGCAAAAUGUAUUUUGCAGUGCAGACCUUUUCACAGGUGAUAGUCACCACACGUAGAUAAAAAGAGGACAAACUCCCACCGCGGGAACAGAUAAACUGGCGUUACGACACGUCCAAGAAAGGGACCAUGUGUAUAUAUGAAAUGUACACAAACACCGUACAUGGAUUUUUGUAUUCAUAAGUGGUAUCCUUAUGAUCUAUGUGCAUUACCAGAAACUAUUAUGCAUGCCUUGUUCUUUUGAUUUUAUAACGACCAUUAUUCUUGAACACAACAGGAGGAAAGAAGAUGCCAAAAUUUUUCCAAUGACAGCUGAUUAUUAUCAUGUUUUUGUUUGUUUUUCUCCUUCCUUCCUUUUUUUUUGUUUUUGUUUUUAAAAGAAAAACAUGGAAAUGAUAGAAUUGCGCAUAAUACAUAAAAUUUUUCUCUCCCUCUC